CGGUUGCUUCAAAGUAUGGAACAGUCUUUUUUAUCAAACCAUCCCGUGAACAUCUACCCAAAUAAAAUGUUGAAGUACAUACCCUUAGUUCUUUUAGUAGUAGUGGUGAAUGCAAAGGAUGAUUUGGGUAUGAAAUACGUGAUGAGGAUAUAUGAGGAUUGCCAGCGAUCUGAUGGGAUUUUUCCGUGUCUGAAGAAGAAGGCGAUACUGUUUUUCGAUAGAGCGGCUCGUAUGGAGGCGAUACCACUGGUCGAUGGAGUGGAUAUAGUCAAGACAUCGGACGUUGAGGUGGUUCCAGUUAGUGAGAAUGAUAUCGAAGCGAGUUUACCAAGGAAUCUGGACAGCAAGGAUGAGAUCUUAUCAGAGAUGCUGUGGGACAGAGUAGCUGCCUUCGCCAACUCGAGGACAGUCCAGCUAUCGUUGCCAAGGAUGUCCGGAGAUGAGCUCAACAAAGGGGUUGAAGAAGGUCGAGGGAAGAUGAAGAAAAUGAUGGGCAUGAUGAUGAUGGGAGCCGCGGGCAAAAUGGCCGCCAUGAUCCCGCUCGCUAUCGCCGGCCUCUUCAUCUUAGCUGGGAAGGCUUUAAUUGUUUCAAAGAUCGCGCUCCUUCUAGCAGGUAUCAUCGCGCUAAAGAAGAUCAUCGCUCAAAAGAAUGGCGGUGGCGGUGGUGGUGGUGGUCAUGAGAGCCACGGGUGGUCAUCCGGCGGCGGCGGAGGCAGCAGUGGUUGGGACAAGCGAUCAUACGGCAGCGACCUCGCUUAUGCUGCUCAUAAACAGCAUUAAUCGAUAACGAAGUUAAAGCUAUCCCCAAGAGUAUGCUACACCCACAAAUAAAAACGAAACGCUGAAAUUUGCGCCCAAGGCCUCAAAUAGAUGCUGAAGGUUUGAUGAUCCUCAGCAAUGGUAGAGUAGUUUAAUAAAUAAGCUAUUUAAUCAACAGUACGGAAGCUCAGAAAUGGGAUAUUCAAAACGCUUAAGGCCUCAAAUGGACACUGAACGAUUAAUGAUCCUAAGCAUUGGUACGAGUAGAAUAAGUUACGAUUAUGUUACUCUCCCAUUAUCAUGGAAGCCCAGAAAUGGGACAGUGUCGCCCAGAAAUGGGACAAUUCCGUCCAAUUGUUGCGCUCAAGGCCUGAAUCUGACUAUACGAUUUAUGAUUUUGAAUUAUAAUAUCAAGUUAUAGAAAAACAUAGUUAUAUCAAAAGUCCAUAAAUGGGACAGUGUUUUUUGUGUCCAAAGCCUCAAAAUAAUCGAACUCUUCUAAACGAUUCAUGAAUACAAUAUUAGUAGCAUUAAAAAGUUAGCUAGCUAGUAAGAAGCCCACAAAUGGGAUCAUGUUAUAUAAGAAAUCUAACGUGAGAAAAUUUAAAUACAUUGAUCACGACUAUACGAAAUAAAGGCUCUUAUAGUUCCAAAAAAGGUCAGGCAUCUACAAAUAGGAAGUUACAAUUAUUAUGAGUAGGAAUUGAAGACUAUAAUAAUAAUUGAGACAUAGGUUGCGUUCAAGUUUCGUCCGGUCGGCGUAAAUAUUAAUUUAUCGUAUAAGGUAGCUAUUUCCUCAAGCUUCUUUGGCUUUUAUCUAAGUAGUUUCCUUUAUAACUACUAAGUUAAAGCUUAAAAAUGAGAGUCGCAAUUUGUGUUUUUGUGCCUAAGGCUUGAAAAAAAAAUUUGAUCGUGUUGAACUUAUUUAUUUAUUUAAUUAAUUAACUUAUGAAUAAGCUACGUAAAUAAGUGUUAUGAGAAUACAAAAAAUUUUCUCCUUGUAUUUAAAAAAUAAUAUUUUUUGUUUUUUCGUGACUUGUGCGUUUAUAAGAGCGAGUGGUAAAAUAAUUUGUAAGCAGUUUAAUCCACAAUAAUUCACAAAAUAUAUUACAAAAAUAGUUAAUACAAUAUUGCCGUAAUUGUUUAUUAUUGUAUAAAAUAUUAUUUAAAAUUUUACUUAAUUAUAAAAUCAAAAACGUUAACAUGGUUUGCCAAAACAUCUAAUAUCCUCCUCUUCGUUGAGUUAAAAUGAUAAUUUGUUAGUAAUUUAAAAUUAAAAAUAAAUUUGAAUGUUUACUAUAGAAUACGGUGAUGAUAUAUUACCUGUUAGUUUCAGAUAUAUUUAUGUUAAGAUUUUUUAACACUACUUCUUCAAUCCAUAAAUUAUCUACUUUUUUUUUCUUUGUUUUUAAAAAUAAUAAUUAUCUUACGGUAAAAGCUUUAAUUGUGUAAUUAAACUAACAAAAACAGGCAAAUAUUUAACAGUUAAAAUUAUCUAAAUUGAUCAAAAAAGUCUAUCGACCUGUAAAGGUUUUGUUAAAAUUAACUUAUUAUCCCUAAAUGGUUGGGGUAUCAUUAUCAACCCAUUGGAGGUGCAUGCCCCGGACCGGAUUCGAACCCACACCCUCCGGAAUUGGAGGACGAGGUUAUAUCUACGUAGGUAAAACUUAUAUUAGGUAAUACUCAAACUAAACUGUAGAAUUUUAUUUGUAAAAAUUGUAUAUUUCAGUUAAACAUCCUUGACUUUAUCCUGCUCAUAUAUACUAACUCUAAA